UUUACCUCUGCUGGGUCAGGUCGCCUCACCGCCACCAUGGACCACAUGCUACCAUCCCCAGGGUUCAGCAUCCCCAGCAUAGGGACGCCGCUGGCUCACACAGGGGAGGAAGAGAUGAUCCUGCCGUCAGCCCAACAGCAGCAGCAACAGCAGUCAGCACAGCAACAGCAGGCACAGCAGCAGGGACAACAGCAGAUAACCACCCAGCAGCAGACGUACAGCAGCGGGUUCACGCCACACAGUCUAAUGCAGCCUCACACACCGAGCAUGUUGUCGCCGGCGGUGGGUGGAGGCUCCCAGGUCGGUGCUGCCAUGUUCGGCUCGGCCACGGGACCUUCCACCCCAGCAGGAGGACCCAUGACCCCCAUGACUCCCCACUCCAAUGACCCGGGCAUCGUACCUCAACUGCAGAAUAUCGUCUCAACAGUGAACCUAAAUUGCAAACUAGACCUGAAAAAAAUAGCGCUCCACGCACGUAACGCAGAAUAUAACCCCAAGCGAUUUGCCGCCGUCAUCAUGAGAAUCCGUGAACCCCGAACUACAGCGCUCAUCUUCUCCUCGGGGAAAAUGGUUUGUACCGGAGCGAAGAGUGAAGACGACUCCAGAUUAGCGGCAAGAAAAUACGCGCGGAUUGUACAGAAGUUGGGCUUCCCUGCGAAAUUCCUCGAGUUCAAGAUUCAGAACAUGGUCGGGAGCUGUGACGUGAAGUUCCCCAUCAGAUUAGAAGGCCUCGUCCUUACCCACAGUCAAUUCAGCAGUUACGAGCCCGAGUUGUUUCCUGGUCUCAUCUAUCGUAUGGUGAAGCCACGUAUUGUCCUCCUCAUAUUUGUUUCUGGCAAAGUCGUAUUAACGGGCGCGAAAGUCAGAAGUCAAAUCUACGAAGCGUUCGACAACAUCUACCCCAUACUGAAGAGUUUCAAGAAGCAAUGAGUGGUGGUAGAUGAAGUGGUGAACAGACUCUUGAAUAAUAAUCAAUGACCGUGCCGUUGAUUUGUGUUUAUUCGCAAGGCAGUGAAUGGUGGUCGAUGAGCUGCCGUACUCACGACUAAUCAAUGACUGAGCCAUUGACUGGUUUAAAUAAGUUGGUACAAAGUGUGAGUUCUACACAAGUCAAUCUCUACCGUAAGUGUAUUAUAAAACAAGUAUGUCGCAAAGAUUCCAAUAAUUUUUUCAUACACUUUUGCCAUUGAGCAUAAGUUACGUGGUCCUCUAACCUUUAAUAGGGUUCCAUCACAGUGUCAGGAUAUCAUAGUUGAUGUAAUAUUCUCUGUGGAACCUUUGUGUGUGUCAAGACAUUUAUAGUGUGUCAUGAGCCUGAAAAAUAAGUGUUGUGCCAAUUUUGAAUCUCUGAAUAUAAAUGUGUAAAAAAAACAAACAUCCGCUGUGCUGGAAGAUAUACUGUACGUGUCUUUGGUACUCCUAAAUCUUUGUACACGUUGAAGUUAGUAUGGGGUGUGGCAGCUAAGUGAAUACAGUACUGUGCUUUUUUUCCUGUCCUGAUGGUUGUAAAAGUACCUCUAGUUCACUCAGAUGUAAAUUCAUACCUAACUUUACAGAUGGGAGAGUGAAGGUGGUAUAGUACAGUGCCUGACAAACGACUCUGUGUACCUAAGCCUGAGAACUGGCUGUUUGGUAUACUGUAUCAACAGUUAAUGGACUGUCAGGAUUUUUCAGAUUGGUACGACUGAGUUUUAUGCCCAUAGAAAUACCUUACGCCUUUACACACACACAUAAUGGUUUUCAUAUUUAUACCUAGAGACAAAUUUUUCACUCGCUCCAAAAGAAUAUCAGUACGAUUUUGUGUGAAGACAAUAUGACACAAAGGACGAAGGAUUUUGACAACCUUAGAGACAACAGGAAACACGGUGUUCGUUUUGAAAUUCGUCGGAUCCGUUGGUGAAGAGAAUUCCCGGAGCGAAUAUUACACCAGCGUGGACACCCCUGAUAAGAACCAAAUAGCAAGCUCUCUCUCUCUCACACACACACAUCAUCCAUGGAAGAGUUAAUUAUUUUUAUCCUAAGAGUAGAUUAGUCAACCAAUAUGAAGAGGAAAUGAGAUAGUCUUUGUCCAGAGUUGAUAAACGCCGUGGAACUCCAGCUGACCGUAUCAGUUUGACCCCCAUGCUUACUGUGGGUUAGGUUUGGGGAGGUGGUUCGCUCGAGGGUGUGGCCUGUCGUUGAGGUGUAUGUAGACAGUGCGUACAGAGUGGGUGAGGAAUAACUGGCUCAUUUAUGACAUGUAAAAUCCUACCAUUCUCAUCAUACAUAUUACAUGACCUAGAUCACGCGCACCUACAGUGAUUUACUUGCAUAAUACACAUCAUACGCGGGUACUUCUCGCCGACCCUGUACGUAUAAGCAUGAUAGCUCUUCUGUCUCGUAUGCCAACACGGUAAGAAUCUUCCGGCAGGUAUACUCCCCAGGGACGACCACACGAGAUCACAUUUGUGUCGGGCGAAAUUAGAGGUAUUCUUGGAAACACCGCUUUGGUAUUUAUAUUUAGUAUCUCACACGUUGUUUUUACAGUUACCGAUUGGUUGUGUAUUGGCCGAGAUGAACGACGGGGAUGAUAUUAGUGUACCGUGAUGUACCAGUGUGAUGUGUUUAAGAUGCAUUUGACUCUCUCGGGGGGGAAGAGCAUGUAUGUGAUGAAUGACGGCACCGAUGUAUGGAUAAAUGACAGCCGGAUUAUUACAUUGUCGUUGAUUCAUACAUCUGUGCGGUUAUGCAUGGUACAAAUAUGCAUAUCUCUCAAGUUUCCUCCUAUGAUGAGAGCUCAAGUCUUGAAUGUCACAGGUUAAUCCUAAUUAAAUUUUCUCUUAAAAGAUUAUGGUGAAUUUCAUAUAUGUAACAUUAAUUAUAAUCUGUUGUGGUGAUGAAUCUGUCUGUCACAAUUGUAGAUUAAUUUAAUGUGGGUAAGUUUAUUUCCUUUUAUAUACCAACUACUGCAAUUUUUAUGUUCUCUUUUAAAUAAUAUACUUUUAUCAUUGACACUAUUUACAAAACAAUAAAAAAUCCCUAAUUCUG